AGUUCGAGUCUCACCAGCUACUGUAGUCCUAGACGAUGUCCGGCGAAGCAAAACUACCCAAGGAGUUUCUGUGGGGAUAUGCGACCGCUAGCUACCAGAUCGAGGGUUCAGCCUCUGAAGGUGGCCGUGCGCCGUCAAUCUGGGAUGCUUUUUGCAAGACGCCUGGAAAGAUUCGAGAUGGUUCAAGUGGUGACAUCGCUAGCGAUUCGUAUCGUCUUUGGAAGGAGGACGUCGUCCUCUUGACCUCUUACGGUGUCAAGGCGUACAGGUUCUCUCUCUCAUGGUCGAGGAUCAUUCCGAAAGGUGGUCGUAAUGAUCCUAUUAAUGAGGAAGGUAUUCAGUUCUACCGGACGUUGCUCGAAGAACUAUUGCAUAAUGGCAUCGUGCCCUUCGUGACAUUGCACCACUGGGACUCACCACAAGGACUUCAUGACAAGUACGGAGGAUGGCUUAACAAAGACGAGAUCAUUGAGGAUUAUGUGAACUAUGCGAAGGUCUGCUUCCGUGCAUUUGGUGAUAUUGUACAAAACUGGAUUACCCACAACGAACCAUGGUGCGUCUCUCUGCUAGGCUAUGGCAGCGGAAGAUUUGCACCCGGUCAUGUCGGCGAUACGGAACAUUGGAUCGUUGCACACAAUUUGCUUCUAGCACAUGCCUACGCGGUGAAGGCCUACCGUGAAGAGUUCAAGCCAGCCCAAGGCGGCCAGAUUGGAAUCACCCUCGAUUGUCAAUGGACUAUUCCCUACGAUGACUCGCCUGAGAAUGUCGAAGCUACUGCUCGUGCUCUGGAUUUCAAGUUGACCAGAUUCGCCGAUCCGAUCUACAGAGGACAAUAUCCUGCCCGCGUGAAGACUAUUAUUGGGGACAGGCUCCCGGAGUUUUCGCCUGAAGAACGAGCCAUUGUUCAAGGUUCAUCUGAUUUCUUCGGCUUGAAUACAUAUACAACUCAUGUUAUCCAGCAUGAUGGCGAUGGCGAUGAAUCCGUUGGUUUUGUCAAGAUGGGACAUACGAGAUCAGAUGGAACGCAGCUUGGUACACAAUCUGAGUUUGAUUGGUUGCAAACGUACGGCCCCGGAUUCAGAAAUCUUCUGAACUACUUGUGGAAGACCUAUCAGAAACCGAUCUAUGUAACGGAGAACGGCUUUGCGGUUAAGAAUGAAAACAAUGUCACAUCUCAAGAAGCCAUCCAUGAUAAAGAUCGGGCGGAGUACUUCGAGCAGUAUACGAAGGCCCUCUUGCAGGCUGUGACCGAGGACGGUGCAGAUGUAAGAGGGUACUUUGGAUGGAGUCUUCUUGACAAUUUUGAAUGGGCCGACGGAUACCUGGUUCGUUUUGGCGUUACGCGCGUUGACUACGAUACACAAAGGAGAACCCCGAAGGACUCGGCCGCUUUUCUCAGCAAGUGGUUCAAGGACCACAUUCAUGGUUAAGUAGGAAGAUUGAAGGAAGGCGAGAACAAUCAUUGUAUUAUUUCUGCUAUCUUUGGGCUUUGUAUAACGAAUAUACGCCAGGCUGUCGAUGAGGCAGACCUAGAUCGUCAGUUCGUAUGCAAAUGCAACCGCGAGCUUCGCGAACUCCAAGGAAUGCGACCAAGAGAAGCCUUGAACAGAGGUAGUAUCAGCCGAAGAGUGGACAUUCGGGUUGUCAUCUCCAGUCACGGCUUCGUAUGGGAAGGCCGUGGGGUAUCCGAACUUGUACCAUGAUGCGUGAUCAGAGCAGGCAUAACCGCACUAUGCAGGGCAUUGCAUGUUUAGGCUAAUUUCGAUAAAACACUACGAAUAAGAUGACUUACUGGGGUAUCCAUUGC